AACACGAUCCGAUGAAGUUCGGGAAGCGCCUCAAGCAACAAAUUGAGGACACAUUGCCCGAUUGGAGGGACAAAUUCCUUUUAUACAAGGAUCUAAAGAAACUCGUUCGGGUGAUCUCGAGAAGCAUUGAUGCUAAUGCUGAUACCGAUGCUGAAGUCGAGUUUGUUUGCUUGUUGAACUCCGAGAUCGAUAAGUUCAAUUCCUUUUUCAUGGAGCAGGAGGAGGAUUUUGUGAUCCGACAUCGGGAAUUGAGAGAGAGAAUAGAUAGGGUUUUGAAAAGUUGGGGUCGAGAUGGAAGUGGAAGAGAAUAUCACAACGUAGUAGAAAUCGGGAAUAUUAGAGAAGAUAUUGUGAAUUUGCAUGGUGAAAUGGUGCUUCUAGUCAACUACAGCAAUGUCAAUUACAUAGGGUUGGGGAAGAUCCUGAAGAAGUACGACAAACGAACGGGGGGAUUACUAAGGGUAUCGUUCAUCGAAAAGAUACUCGAACAACCUUUCUACAAAACCGACUCGAUCUCGAAGAUGAUCAAAGAGUGCGAGAGUAGCAUCGACGCGAUUUUUCCAGUUAGACGAGAAGCGGAGGAAGAGAUGAAGAAAGGCAAGGCGAUCUCAGCUGGCGGUGAAGGAAUAUUGAGGAACACGGUGUCAGCUCUACUCAGCAUGGAGCAGAUAAGACGAGGAAGCUCCACUUAUAGCCAUUUCUCUUUGCCUCCUCUAAACUUGUCUCACUCCGACUUCAUCCAUUCCUUUCAACUCAACUCUCCUAUUCCAAUUCUCCAUCUACUUUAGUUUACUUCCACUCGGUUCGAGAUAUAUAUAUAUAUAGAUAUAGAUAUAGAUAUAUCACUCGAUUUGGUCUCAAAAUUGUUCUUCAUCGGGCUACGUCACUUUAAUAUAAACAAGAAUGUUAUGAAUUUUC